AUGGAGCCGAAUAAGAAUGUGCGCGAUUUAAUUACCCAGAGAUCAUAUUUUUCAUCUUUGACUACAGAAAUUAGAAAGCACAUAUUAUUAAAUAUGAACACAAAAUCCUUUGUUUCACGUUUAUCAACUGUUGUAUUUUUUCUAUUUUUCGUUCUUCUCUUAAAUAAUAUUUCUGCAUCUUCAAGUGCACAAAAUAACCGAAGUGAAUAUGAACCAAAUAAUUUAAUGGAUUUUUGGAAAGGUGCAAUAGAAGAAACAGAAACACUAAAAAAUUGUGCAUGGCAAAAUUGGAUGAUGAGGUUGGAGUCAGACUGGGAACAAUUUAAUGCAUCCAUGAAUAUUAGAAAAGACGAAUGGCUUAAAGAGGCAGAAGCUGAAUGGGAUGAAUGGAUAAAAUCCAUAAAAAAUAAAUGGAUGAAUUGUAAUGAAUAUAUGGAUAUAGAAAUUAAAUCUGAUAUUUUAUCAAAAUCUUCAACAUGGAAUGAAACUCAGUGGAAAGAAUGGAUACACACUGAAGGAAAACAACUUAUGGUAGCAGAUUUUGAAAAUUGGAUUAAAGAAAAAGAAUCAUUAUUAGAUUUACGGUUAAUAUCGGAAUGGGUGCAAUGGAAAAACGAUAAAAUUAUGACAUGGUUAAUGAGUGAUUGGAAAUCUGAAGAAAAUAAUUAUUGGUCACAUUGGGAAAAUGAGAAAUGGCCUAAAUGGUUUAAUAUAUCAGAAUGGAAACGUUGGCUCAAAUGGAAAGAGAGAGUUGCUAGAGAAGGACAACAAUGGAUGAAUUGGAUCCAGCUUAAAGAAAAUGUAUAUAUAUCCGGUGAAGGGUAUAAAUGGUCAGAAUGGAAAAAAGAAAAGAAAAUUGUUUUUGAGAAAUGUACAAAAUCCCUUAUUGACGAAUGGAUAAAUAAUAAGAAGUGGAUGUUGUUGACUGAGAAAAGUAAUAAAACAGAUUCCCAAGAAUAA